AUGAAGAACAACCAGCGUCCUCGGGACAAGGGGAGAAGGGUACGCUUUGAUCCUGGAACGAAGGAAGACGUCCCUGAAAAGGAUAAUCAUCACAGUCCGUCUUCUUCCAGGGGGCAGCUACAAGGCGUGGGAGGACAGGAAGCACCUAAAGGAAAGCCAGCUCCUAACAGGAGGAGCUCCGAGGUCUCUCAUAGCCAUCGUCAGGAGGAAGUUGAUAGCAGAGACCCUGGAGCUUGUUACGGGGACGACCUCAAGCAAACCGGUCUUCAUGUCUUGACCGAGCAACCCUCAGUGCCACCCGUAAAACUGCCCAGCGUCUCUACCGAGGUCUCGGUACCUGUUAUUGAGGCAGUAACCCUUGCAUCCAUAUCGUUUUCUUCCGCCCAAACACCCUCUCAACUUUCCCGUUCCCCGGAAUGCGACGGCGCAUCGGAAGUUAUCGUCAGCCUGCCUGUCAGCAAUGCUGCUCCAACCCCCACGUCUGGAGCUGUCUGCUCCAACACGGACGUGGAAGCUGCUCAAACCCCCUUGACGACCUCGCAGCCCAUGCAACCCUUCAGUAUAUCCUAUGAACAGGCUGCUCUCCCUGCACUCUCGGCUUUCCAUCCACAAGCGCAGUUCGCGGUAGCAUCUUAUUUUGCUAAGACGCCGCUCUGGCAGUCACCAUCGGCCCAAACCGUCAUGAUGAACGAGUAUACGCCAUUCGUAUCCUUCGACUCGUAUUCUACCAUGGGCGUCACAGAUAGCGUCUUCGACCAAUCCGCACCCCAGAUAAAUCUCAUUGUUCCACAACUUGAAGCCGACCUGGGGGUGAGCGCGUCUUUCCGACCCGAAGCGGGCUCUCCAGUGUGGCAAGCCUCGCUUUCAGAUGCUCGGUCAUUCUCCGUCCAGGGCGACGCGUAUGGGUCGAUUGAUGAAUAUGCCUCUGCAUGCGCACAAGGAGCCUUUCCACAGCCUGCUCAAGAGUUUGCGGUCGCGCAGUCUCGACCAGAGGCCGACGCUCAGCCCGCGGCCUUCGACCCGGGGAUGCCAGCGUCUCUGCUGGACGCAAGCUGCGCGGCACAAGGUGCACCGCUAGAGUCCCAGUCUAGCUGGUACGAAGGUGUCGAAACGCAGAAUAUUUUCCGCGCUGAAGACCUCAGUACUCCGAAUGUGAGCUCGCCGCAAGUGCCGUCUGGUGUGUUUGACGAUCCAGUAACGUUCAUGGUGGACGCGGACCGGCUGUCUCUUGAAGCGAUGGCCCAAUUCGUCGACACUCUGACCGCAGAAGAGCUCCAACAGCUUGGUGAUGCGAUGCGGCAAGCGUUAGGCGUGCAACAGGUAUCUGGCCCUUAUGCCGACUACGAACUGGCGUUUAGCUUACUCGUGCGGCGAGUCGGACAAACUGACGACGGAAUGUCCAUAUGGUCGAUGGUCCUGUCGGAAGGGGUGUUAGAAUGGCUGGCCAUGUCGUUGGCGGGAGGAGUCCCGCAGGAGAAGGACGUAGCUUUGCUUCAAGCCCUCCCAGAGAGUAUGCAAGUGGCGAUAUCACUGGGAGACUCUGCUGCGUACAAACAGCUCAUUGAGGAGACUCAAGAGGCUUCGUGGGUGUACGGCUCGGCGACAACGGCCGGCAUCACCUUGUUUUCUUCCAACAUCCCCGACACAACGUCCAGCGCCGGCACCCUAGCUCAAUUGUAUUCACCGGAGGGUGCCGAUGAUCAGGAAGGCCUCACUCAGGAGAACAUCGUCGGCAUGUCUCCGACCGUAUCUGAUCCGGUAGAGCCUGCUGAGUCCGUGGAAGACUCACCCAGCGCGAACAUAACUCCCGAGCGGGUAGAAGACUCGUCUUGCGAGAACGGGAUCCCUAAGCUGACCUUGGACGAUAUCACGGUGGAAGUUAUUGAGGCCUACGUGCGCCUAGAGUACAUACACUGCACGCAAAGCGAGAUAUUUGUCGUGGCCGACGCACAAUUUCCAGGCGACGGUCUGCAGCUCGUCAAGGUCGUCGAGCCUGAGGCGGUACGAAGACUCCUGUGCGUCCAGGAAGCGGAGCGCUUGAUGCGCGAAGCUAUACUACAGGUCAAAGCUCAGGGCAUCUCGGCCAGUGUUCAGAGUGGUUCCACCGCCUCCACCCCUUCGUCGAGCCGACUUCCUUCCACACCGUCGCUUUCCAGGACAUUGACAGCCUCACAGGCGCUGUUCGCUCCCCUGACUACACCAGACCAGACCGAAGUCCCGUAGAACAGUACGCCGGCUCUUCCUGAUUGACAAGCCUCUAGCACGUUCUU